AAACCGUAAUUUUUCUUAAAAUCAGCCUAUUCACGGUUUUUUUUGCCAUUGUCCACACUACCGCCACAAAUUGGCAACAAAAAUCUCACUCCUGCCAGCCUACGAUCGACAAAAGUUGUAAUAAUAAAGCAGGCAGUUCCUUCAACUCACCAGCAUCCAUCCUCCAGUCUUUCAACUCUCCAUGUCAACCACCGUCAAUAACUGCCAUAUCUUGCUAUUCCCCUACCCAGCGCAAGGCCACAUGCUCCCGCUCCUCCACCUAGCCCACCGCCUCUCCCUCCAUGGCCUAACCAUCACCAUCGUUAUCACCCCCAAAAACCUCCCUUACCUUUCCUCCCUUCUUUCCUCUCACCCUUCUUCUAUCACUCCCCUCAUCCUCCCUUUCCCUUCUCACCCUUCCAUCCCUCCCGGAGUCGAAAACGUCAAAGACCUCGGCCACUCCGGUAACCUCCCUAUGUUAACCUCUCUUUCCAAACUCCACGACCCUUUACUCCACUGGUUCAACUCUCACCCCGACCCACCCGUUGCCAUCAUCUCUGAUUUCUUCCUUGGUUGGACCCUACACCUUGCCCACCAACUAAACAUACCCAGACUCGUUUUUUUCCCUUCCGGUGCUUUUUUGGCAGCUAUCGACGAUUAUGUAUGGAACAAUGUUGAACAACUUAAAACUUUGGACCAGGUUGAGCUUUCUGCUUUGCCUGGUUCCCAUGUUUUUAAAUCCCAUCAUUUGCCUUCUUUGUUUCGUUUGUAUAAAAAAUCUGAUCCUGACUGGGAGUUCGUCAAGGAUCUCAAGCUUGCAAAUACCAAGAGUUGGGGUUGCGUUUUCAAUUCUUUUGAAGCAUUUGAAGGCGAGUACAUGGAUUAUCUGAAGAAAAAAUUGAGCCACGAUCGGAUUUUCGGGGUUGGUCCACUAAACUUGCCAGGUCCGGGAAAUUUGGGUUCUGGGUCUGAUCUGAAUGAGCGACUACUGACUUGGCUUGACGGAUGCCCCAAAGCGUCUGUUGUUUAUGUUUGUUUUGGGAGUCAAAAGCUGUUGAAAAGGGAACAAAUGGAAGCUUUGGCUCUUGGGCUUGAAAAGAGUGGCACCCGAUUUGUUUGGGUCGUGAAAACGGGUUCGACCCAAGAACGAGAAGACGGGUUUGGAAAUGUGCCAGAUGGGUUUGAAGAGCGGGUGGCGGGUCGGGGUUUGGUGAUAAGGGAAUGGGCACCGCAGGUGUCGAUACUGAGUCACGAGGCGGCGGGUGGGUUUCUGAGUCAUUGUGGGUGGAACUCGGUGUUGGAAGGGAUAGUGGGUGGGGUGGUGAUACUGGCAUGGCCUAUGGAAGCUGACCAAUUUGUGAAUGCGAGGCUGCUGGUGGAGGAUAUGGGGGUGGGAGUGAGGGUGUGUGAGGGUGCUGGGUCGGUUCCUGAGGCGGGUGAGUUGAGCCGUGUGAUUGGUGAGUCAAUGAGCGAGGUGGGUGGGUUGAAGGAUAAGGCUAAAGAAUUGAAGGAAAAAGCAUUGGAAGCGGUGAGCAAGGAGGGAAGCUCCGUCCAGGAUAUGGGUUGGCUGGUGGGCGAAUUGCGUAAACUUAAACCCUUUAAAUCCAGGAUACAACAUACAAGUGUGAGCUGAAAACAUGUCAUUUGAUCAAACUUCCUUAGAAUUGAUAACCUAUUUUACUUUAUAAAAUCUUAUUGUUCUAUACCAGUAUUUUUAAUAAAGAUAAAAUAGUUUUAUUAUUAA